AUGGCUCGUGAUGCUACUGAGAUCAAAGAGGACGGCUGUUAUGUCGCGCUCACUGACCAACAUCUAAGCGUAAAUAAUGUGAUGGACAGAGUCCGUAGUCCUCAGGCUGGCGCAAUAGUCAUGUUCGCCGGCACCACAAGGGAUAAUUUCGGCGGCAAGCCAGUCAAGGAGCUUCAAUACUCGGCCUAUAACCCUCUAGCAUUGCGUACGAUGCUUUCUAUCUGCAAAGAAAUCCGUGACAAACAUGGUCUCAUCUCGAUAGCUAUGAUCCAUCGCCUCGGAAUCGUGCCUAUCGGAGAGGAGAGUAUCAUUAUAGCAGUAUCUGCGUCACAUAGGCAAGCCGCCUGGCGAGCGGGCGAACAAGCCCUCGAAGAUUGUAAGGAACGUGUCGAAGUCUGGAAGAGAGAAGAGUUUGACGGCGAAGAAGGUGUUUGGAGAGCCAACAGAGACGGCGCGGUUGGCCAAAAAGUCUCCCAGGAAGACUAA